AUGGAUACUUCACAUGCAACAUUGCUCUACCAAUUGUUGCAAUUAUUUACCAAUGAACUGCUAAAGUGCUAUCGUCUUAUUCAAAUAAUACCCAUGGAUAUGAGUAAACUUUAUGAAAAUCGUUCAAGGCCAACAAAUUUUGGCAAUGUAUUGGGUCAGUUACUGUUAUGCAAGCAAAUAGCACCGGAUUUCAAUCAAGAAGAAUUAUGCAGUAUCGUAAAAGCAUUAGAAGAUAUUAAACUAUUGAUAACCGAACUAAAGAAAUACUUACCGGAUACAGAAAUCCAAAACAAUGGAGAUUUUGCAGAUCCUCACAAAUCUGUGCAAUAUCUUAUGCGAAAUGAUCGCAGUCGUAGAAAACACAAUUGUCUACUCUGCUGUGCCUCCAGUCCCAAAUAUCUUUAA